AUGAAGCAAGUCAAACGAGAAUAUUAAGUACUGAAUAAAGGAUUGUUACUUAUUUUCUUCCGGCGGACACGCGCCAGUUAUCAUUGGGCGUGCGCAGCUCCGCGCUUCCGUAAAGCAGUGACAAAGAUGGCGGCCUGCGCCGCAUCAGGACACGUCAUAGUUCCCCGCAACUUUCGGCUGUUGGAGGAAUUGGAGGAAGGUCAGAAGGGAGUGGGUGACGGUACAGUGAGCUGGGGCCUUGCAAAUGAUGACGACAUGACGCUAACUCACUGGAAUGGCACGAUCAUCGGCCCUGCCAAGACUGUCUAUGAAGGCAGGAUAUAUUGUCUGAAAAUAGAAUGUGGAUCCAGAUACCCAGAGACUCCCCCUCAAGUCCGCUUUUUAAACAAGAUCAACAUGAACUGCGUUCACGUUUCAAAUGGUGUGGUGGACGCAAAGUCAUUGUCAUCGCUGUCCAGGUGGAAAAACUCCCUCACCAUCCGGAUAGUGCUGCAGGAGCUCAGACAGCACAUGAUGCUGAAAGAAAACAACAAGCUNACACACACACACACACACACACACACACACACACACACACACACACACACGCAUAGCAUCCUAAACACCUAACACUGACUGUACCACUUUCAAACUACACAACCAUGAUGUUAUUGAAGACUCUCGACUCCCACUUCCUCCCUCAGGAGCCUCCCAUUGGACAGAGAGAGGGAUGUGCACCCAGUGCCCAGUCAUCCAUCAAAGGUCACGGUGCAGACCAGACAUUACAAAAAAAAAAAAUUACUGUACAUCUUACCUAUGUUAUUUUUUAUUAUCUUUGUGUUCUACAUCCAGAUUGUAAAAUAACAAAUGACCUGAUUGAGUGUACCAAUUAUGUGUGUGCCCGCUGGAUUCUUCACAAGUGGCGACAGUUAGUCCAUGUUAUAUAGGUAUUGUGGGAAGGGAUUUGAAUUAACCCACUGCUCGGCCAAACAUAUAUUGCUCUGUACUCCAACCAAAAUGUUUUAACGUCUAGAUCUGGAUUGUUUUUGAAAUGACAAACCAGCAUCUUGCAGUAUGCUGAAAUAGAUUCCCCUCAUAGAGAAACAAUGUUCCCAACACAAUGCUUUGCUUGGCCUCCCAGGUUAAUCUCAAAUUCCCCAGCUUCCGCAAUCCCGACGAUGUGAAUUUCACGGGCCUUCCUUAUGAAUGCAUGCCCGGUACAUGGGAAUAAACUGCUACUAGACAUUCAGUAACAUAUGUAUCAACAGGGCACUGCUGGCUCAUCACUCAUGUUCUCAGACUUGUCUUCUGUGUGCCAUAUGGUUCAUAGCGCUUUGUGAUGGUGAUUGAUUAUUAGCAGCCAGUGGGAGGGGGAUGGGGAGGGGGGGCUACAGGUCCCUGUGCUUUCUUUAUUCAGAGAGCAUAGUUUGUGUGCUUGGCACCUUUUCAGGGUCACCACUGUACUGAGCAGGAGGAGCUGUGAUUUUUUUUUUUUUUUUUUUGCUGUUUUUGGGUUCUUGUUUUGGUUUCUUUAGUCUCUGGGCUGACCUGUGUAUACUCCAUGGAGCCGUCUCUUCUCUCAUACAGUGAAUGCCCACUGAAUGCAAUGUACGGCUUUGGAUGUUUAUUUUAUAACAGGUUGAAUCUAAUCAGGGUGAUGGUGACCUGUUGCAUGGUUUUAUUUGAAUUAAACGUUAUUACUUUUGCA